AGUACAGGGCGGUCAACGGACAACAACGUACACAUGCUUGACUUUCUAUUUUGUAUAUCUGGAGAUGUCUUGACAAACAAGAUCAUGCGCACUAUUCCUGUGUUGUCUACAUAAGAAUACCGUCUCUCAGUACGACAAAGCUUCACUACUUCCAUCGCAGGACGAUAGCAUACGAAUCACUGAAUAUUAAGGCAUGCUUCGUUCGUAGCUGCUCUUUUCACUCCUACGAUUGCACUACGGUCACAUGGCUCCCCCUUCAGCCGCCCUUGAGGAUGGCACCUUCAAUGUUGUCGGCUGUGUCAAGCCCUUCACCUCAGCUUCUUCCGGCAACAGCAUUCCUCAGUCGCUAAUGCUUACCUGCUUCUUCGCCUUCCUUGCCUACAACAUCGCCUUCUUCUUCGGCAUCGACCUUCCUGCUAUCGUCAACUUCGGCACCACGGUCUACCAAGCACUCAUCAACUGGAUCGCCAUGAUCCGUCAGCAAGGAAUUCAGCGCACUUCUCUCAACAUCGUCAACUCCUUCCGCACCUGGGUUACAUCCACCUACCGCUCCAGCAUGAAUGCCCACGCCUUCCGCACAGGACUGAAGCGCAUGGUCUCAAAUCCCGGUGAGCGUCUCGGUCAGACUAUCCCCGUCGAUACCGUCACCGUUCCUGGUACCGGCUCGCUGGCCCUGGUCCGCGGUCUUUCCUCCAAUGUUUCUACGCCCGAGAUUCGUCGAUACCUGGAGUCGAUCUUGUUCAUUCAUUAUGGCCUGCAGUUGAACGACAGUCACACCGUUCGCCGUAAUGGCGAUCGUACCGUCGAUGGAUAUGUUCCAGAGGACACUGACGACGCUCCCAUCAAUACAUACACCCCUGGAUUGUGGAACGGUACUUGUGUUCGACCCAAAGAGGAAACUGCGGAUACACCGAGCACUUCCGGCAUGAACACGCCUACUUCUAAGGCCUCUGACUCGAGCGCCCUGUCUGUCGACCUUACUCUUGACGACUCUACGUCUGGUACCGAAUCUGUGGCGCUCGAUGAUCUAGCUGCUGCUGCCUAUGCGCAGGGCUGUUCGCGCUUUCGACGCGCUGAGUAGACUGACUGUUGUUUCCUUGGGCCUCGGUUAGGUGAUGAUACAAGUUCCGCUUGGAUGUAGAAAUUCUACUCCUUACGCUCUUUGCACAAUGUUGCAUAGAUAGAUGUGUUUAACAGAAUCUGACCUUAGUCGCUCCUUGGUACUUUUCGCUGGACCCGCAGCACCUACCGUGUAUAGAGAUUGCGAAAACAUGGCAUUGCGUGCAUAUCCUUUUGCAUUCAUGACUUGAGAUUUCAAAGUCUUAGGAUGCCUUGUCCGAUUCUGGAAGUUUGCAUCUCCAUUUUCGACAUGUCUGAGUUGAUCUGCAGCCUCCGUAGUUAGUAAUCACAUAGAUAGUAAUACAUGAAGUGCAGCAAUUCUAGGCGCAAAUGAC